UUUGCGCCCGAAGGCGGCCGGGGAGUUCGCUUUGCGCGCGGCGGGUCCGGCCGGGGGAGCAGCGGCGGGCGCUUGUUGGGGCUCCGGCGUGGAUGUGCGGUUCCUCUCCGCCCGGCUGCUUCGUUUGGGGACCGCCAACCGCCGGACCGGGGCGGCGACGACGCCUGGCGGAGCCGGCCAGCUUUACGCACGGCGCUCGGGUCGGGCCCCGUUCCUUCUGGCUUCCCCCCCGUCCCGCGGGCCUUGCCAAAUAAUCCCCCCCCCUCACCGGCUCCGUCUCUUCGGGUGACCAUCUCUUCCCUCUCCAGCGAGUUGGCGACCCAGCGGUAAAGAGGGGGGAGAAGAGGGGACGCCGGGGCGCUUCUCGGCGGCGGCCUCUCCAAAAGCGGACGCCGCGUCCCCAAAGCGGCCGGAGGAUGGCACGAGCGUUUGGGCAUCUUUAAUCGAGCUCGGCGAGCCGAGGGGUCCGUGCCGCCCCUGCGCCCGACCGCCGGCCCCCUCCCGCCCCGUCCGCGCGUCCGUCCCCCCCCCCCUUGCGACGGGGCGAUCCGCCAUGCAGGCGCGCUACUCCGUGUCGGACCCCAACGCCUUGGGGGUGGUGCCUUACCUGAGCGAGCAGAACUACUACCGAGCGGCCGGCACCUACGGCCCCAUGGCGGCCUCCAUGGGGGUCUACUCGGGCCACGCCGAGCAGUACGCGGCGGGCAUGGGCCGCUCCUACGGGCCGUACCACCCGCACCAGGCGGCGGCGCCCAAGGACCUGGUGAAGCCGCCCUACUCGUACAUCGCGCUCAUCACGAUGGCCAUCCAGAACGCGCCGGACAAGAAGAUCACCCUGAACGGCAUCUACCAGUUCAUCAUGGAGCGCUUCCCCUUCUACCGGGAGAACAAGCAGGGCUGGCAGAACUCCAUCCGCCACAACCUGUCGCUCAACGAGUGCUUCGUCAAGGUGCCCCGCGACGACAAGAAGCCCGGCAAGGGCAGCUACUGGACCCUCGACCCGGAUUCCUACAACAUGUUCGAGAACGGCUCCUUCCUGCGCCGCCGGAGGCGCUUCAAGAAGAAGGACGUGGCCAAGGACAAGGACGAGGGCCCGCUCCGCGACAGGCAGCACCCCAAGGACGCGGCCAAGGCGCCCGACGGGGCCAAGGAGGCGCCGGCCGCGCCGUCGGAGAAGAAGGUGGUGGUCAAGAGCGAGGCGGCCUCGCCGGACCUGCUCAUCAUCACCAAGGUGGAGACGCUCAGCCCCGACGGCGGCGGCGGGGGCGGCGGCGGCGGCAACGGGGGGGCCUUGCAGGACAGUCCGCGCAGCGUGGCGUCCACGCCGUCGGUGUCCACCGAGAGCUCCCUGCCCGGCGACCCCCACCACCCGGGCGCCCCCAACGGCCUGUCGGGCUUCAGCGUGGAGAACAUCAUGACCCUGCGGACUUCCCCGCCAGGGGAGCUCAGCCCCGCCAGCCGGACGCCAGGCCUGGGCCCCCUGGGCUACCCCCAAGCCCCUCCGCCGUCCAUCUACAGCCAGGCCUGCAGCCAGGGGGGGCUGGGCGAGGCCGGCGGCGGCUACCAGUGCAGCAUGCGGGCCAUGAGCCUCUACGCCGGCGAGCGAGCCGCCCACCUGUGCGUCCCCCCGGGGCUGGACGACCCCUCGGAGCAGCAGAGCAACGGCGCCGCCUCGCCCCUGGCCGCCAUGAACCUGGCGUCCGGGGGGCAGCACCAAGAGGCCGCGCUGGCCCCCCACCACCACCCGCACCUGCCUCACCCCCAGGGCGGCGGCGGGCAGGCGGCCUCCUGGUACCUGAACGCCCCGUCGGAGCUCAGCCAGCACCUGUCCGGGGGCCACCACCACCACGCCUUCGGCUCGCAGCAGCAGAGCUUCCCCAACGUGCGGGACAUGUUCGGCUCGGCCCGGCUGGGCCUGGAGACCCCGGCGGCGCCGCUGAGCGACCCACAGGUGAGCACUAACGCCGGCGGCCAGAUCCCCUAUAGAUCCACGCCCUCCAUAUACCGCCACUCCGCCGCCCCCUAUUCCUAUGACUGCGCCAAGUAUUGACCUCUGGGCACGUGCAGAGGGCCGGCCGAGAGCAGCGGACCCGGGGCUAGGAAGCCGGCGCCGCGGACCGUCGGAAGGGCCUCGGGCGGACCCAAACGCCCCUUUUCUGGUCCGCCUUCAAUCAGUUCUACUUGAAAAGGAAAACCAAAACAAACACGGAGGUGUCUUUUUAAAUUUUGGGGAGGGGGGGGGGAAAUAGUUUAGGUUUUUGUUUUUCUAAGAGGCCAAAUUUCUGUACCGUAAAAGAAGGGUUACAUUUUUUUUAAAUUAUGACGCUUCGCCCAUUCCGCAAAGACCGCUGAUCUAACUUUGGUUUUUUGGGGGGGAAAGAAAUAUAGGGACGAUUUUUUUAUAUAUAUCUAUAUAUAUAUAUAUAUAUAAAUCUAUGUCUUGGCUGUUGGGAGUCUUAUUUGUGAGACUGGUGGCGGAAGGGAAGUUCUCUUUUUAUGGCGUUGUACAUAUGUGUGGAGUUUUAAUCCGGCUGGGGUGGAGAGCCAUUAAUAUAAUAUUUAAAGUUGAGUUCACUGGAUUUUGUUGGUUUUUUUUUUUUUAAAUGCCUUCCAUAUUGCCAAAUUGAAGACAAAAGUAACUUCUUUCUCGGUGUGCCUGUGUGUCGGUUUGAGUGUGUAGAAGGAAGCACCAAAAAUGCCUUUUCUUUUAAAGUUAUUCUUAUUAUAAAUAAAUAUAUAUAUAUGAAUAAUUUAUUCUUGUUUGUUCCCCUAUGCUGGACUUGACAGAAGGGAGGGAAAUUCAAAACUAAAUAUAAAAAAACACACCCCACCCAAAUGCGACAAUAACUGUGCGAUUUUAUUUUUAUUUUUUUUGUAUCAUAGAUUUUUUUUCCUGCUCUGAACCCAUUCUGAAACGUUUUUCUUUUGAAUUCCACAACACGUUUCUUUGUCUCCUUGUGUGAUCUCCAGUUGUUGUAGUCAACCUUGGAAAAAAAAUAAAUUCCGUGCUGUUUAUUUCUCUUCGAAA